ACGUCAUCCCAUGCUAACCAUUGUCAGAGCUAAUAAGUAGUCUUGAUUCCCCUUGGACCUCAUCUGCUCGCAUUUCGCAAGGACCGCAUCGUCCAAAGUUGUCCAGGCUCUUUGCCCACUGCCAUGGCUUUUGGCUUCCUUGUCACUUUCUUUUGCACCGUGUCUGCGCUUCCCACUCUUUUCCCGCAGGAACCAUUGAAACCAAAGGAUCAUUCUCAAGGUUAUAAAUUUGAUCCUCUCCUGCAUCUGCCAGGAAUAUCGCCAUACUUUGACGCUCUGGGUUUUGGACUCGAUCACGCCCCGCCGGAAGGCUGUCAUGUCACGGCAGCUUCGUAUCUUAUUCGACACGCGGCAAUUUAUGCAAACGAUGACGAGUAUGAGGAAUAUAUUAAGCCAUUUCUCUGGAAACUAGAGCAACACCGCGAUGGCUGGUCUGGUCCCUUGGACUUUAUGGCCACCUGGCAGUCGCCCAUUCUCGAGGAUAAGCUCGAAGACAUCACACCGUCGGGUGCCGCCGACGCGAAGAAAGUUGGGUCUCACCUGCUCAAGCACUACCCUGAAUUGGCCCCUACAGUAGGCAGAGUUCUAGCGGACAAGAAGGCUCGGACCUACGACACGGCGAGAGCGCUGGUUGAGGCAUUCCCACAAAGUCAGAAAAUCGAAGUGGUCCAGAUCAAGCGUGACAAGAAUGGCAGCAUGGAUAGCCUGAUCCCACACAAAUCAUGUCCUGCCUUCAACAAGAGUCCCGGCAAAGCUGAAAUGGCCGAGUUUGUCUCCCACUACGCCGCUCAUGUCUCGGCGAGACUGGAGCGAUUCUGCCCCUUUAAACUGGAGGACAAUGACAUUGUUGGCCUCCAAGGGCUCUGCGGCUAUGAAUCGGCCAUUCGCGGGGAGAGGAGCCCGUUGUGUGCAGUGUUUACUGAUUCAGAAUGGAUGGCCUACGAGUAUGCGUGGGAUUUGCGUUAUGCUCACAUGAUGGGGCCGUUGAACCCUCUAUCACCCUACCUGGGAUUUCCCUGGAUCCAGGCGCAGAGUGAGCUGUUUCAACAAUUGGACUCGAACGCACCUGAUGACCCUGAAGGCCAAUCCACGGGACCUGGAUGGCCCAAGGACCAGCGAUUUUUCCUGAGCUUCUCCCACCGCGAAGUACCCCCGUUUGUGGCAACGUCGUUGGGCAUCUUCAAUUCAUCUUCCGCGGCCCUGGAAGAGUUUCCGACUGACCACGUCAAUUGGGUUCGAGCAUGGCGGAUGAGUGAUCUGAUCCCAUUUUUGGGCCACGUGGGAAUGGAGAAGAUGUCAUGUGACGAGCGACCAGGGCAGCAGGGGGACUAUAUCCGCGUCAUUGCCAACACCGCACCACGGCCUAUCCCACAGUGUCAGGAUGGACCAGGCGCAAGCUGUCCACUCGACAAGUUCGCAGACGCCAUCGCCAAAGGUGCAAACAAGUACGGUGACUUCCAUUCGGUCUGCGGUGAUAGCCCCAAGUAAUAGAUAGACAUGUUGUGGACGAGAGAGCGUAGCGACAACCUUGGCCUGCGGUGAAGAAACUCACAACCAUUCAAUAAGAAUUGCUUCUGCUGUAGGCUGCCGAUGUGGUGUGAUUCAGCUGUGCCACACCGAGGCAUGCGAUCUACCUUAGGUCUUGAUGCGCCUCUGGUUGAACCAGAUCUUGAUCACGUG